GAGUUGAUGCUUCCUUCGUCUCUCAUGGCCGCAAACGUCACGAAGCCGUGUUAUUGUUGAGAUUAAAUCUCUAUCGAGUAGUAUUAAAUAUAAAAAAAUGCCAGGUACGCAGAGAUUAACAUCCUAUCGGCUGCCACGAGAUCUGACAUUAGGUGGUAGUGUUAAACCUGAAAAACCCAAAAAAGUAUAUGUACCGAAUCUUAAUGUACAGAGAACUAAAAAAAAAGAUGAAGCAACACCAGUUAAGAUUGAUGCUCCAAAACCAAAGGAUGUCACAGAUCGUGGAAGAGGACGAGGAAGAGGAAAUAACAGGCAUGGAAAAGACAAGGGAAACAUAAUACAAUCUGCUGGUAUAUGGUCGGAAGGAGUAUUUGCAGCACCUACUGUUAGCAGAAGAUCCUAUAGUAGUUCCAAUAGUAGCAAUAGUACAGGUGCUGAAAAAUAUCUGGAAAAAUCUAAACUAAAUACGAAGAAGAUUAUCAAUAAUGCGGAAGAAGAAGAAAAAUUAAAGAACCUAUUACACGAUGAUUUUAUGGACGAUGGUACAAAUGCUGAUAAGAUGGAUCCUAUUUCGCUACCAAGGGUUAUAAAAGAAGAAUUUAGUGAUGAAGAAAUUGAAAAAAAACCAAUCAUCUCAGAAAGUGGCGAAGUUAUAAAUAUAAAAGAAGAAACUUUAAGCGAAAAAAUUAAAAAAGAAGUUACCAUUUCUCAAAUAAUCGAAAAUAAAACUAACCCUUAUGUAUUAAUGCAGCUUCCAGAUUGUUGGCAAAAUUUAGAAUCCAAUAAAGAAGAAUCAAAGUCAGAAGGAUCAACUGACGCGAAUACUGGUAAAAAUGACGAUAAAACAAAAAGUGAAAGUAGUGGCUUGAAUAGCUUAAAAAGUGGUUUAUUAGGCAAAAUCGAAAUUUUGAAGUCUGGUAAAGCGAGAUUAUGUCUUGGCGAUAAACGUUUUUCCAUUGAUAUUAAUGUACAGCAAGAUUUUCAACAGGAGCUUUUGGCUGCAAAAGUGGAUACUGUGUCAUUAACUGGCGAUCUUAUCAAUCUUGGUUCUGUAAAUAAUCAAUUAAUUUGUUUGCCAGACGUGGAAAGUAUAUUGAAAAAUUCGUAAAUCUAUAAACGUAAUCUUUAAUAAAAGGUUCAUGUAAAAGGAUAUCGAGAACUGAAGGAUUUGUGAGCAAUGUGUAACGCAGAUUAUAAUUGUGAGUAAUUCUGUAUUUUCUUUUCCAGUGUGUACUAGAGAAUUAGUAAGUCAUUAAAUAAAUUAUGUUACAUUCUGUAAAUUCGGUAUGGCGAUUCUGAUGUCUAGAAGAAAUUAGGAGUCACUGUAAAAUAGAAAUGACUAUAUCAUUCAGGUGGCAUAUUUUGAGGUUUCUGCAAAGUAGGUUUUUGAUAAUUCUUAUAUGAAUUGUGUGCCGUAACAUUAUUCGAUAUGCUUAUUGUAUUCUCUAAAAUUGCAUUAAAGACUAAACUUUUAUACAAAUAAAUCAAUCUGUAUACAAGCCCUACUCUUUUUUAAAAUGUGUUUAGGAACUGAAGUGUGAUGAAAUGUAUAAUUAAUAUUAUUUAUAUCAAGUUCUUAAAAAGAAUAGAGAAACGAAAAGAAAAAUCUUUAUGUUACAACCUAAAAGAAUAGUAUCAACAUGAAUAAGUACACUGUUUUCUUUUAGAAGAAAAUUUUUGUAAUUUCAUUGUAGAAUGUAAAAACUGGAAAAUCUCAAUCAUAUUUUCCCGAAUAUGCUUGUAUGAGAAUUAUUU